AUGAAUUUUAGAAAUCGCAUCUUUAAAAUCAAGAUCUCAUCAGUUAUUACUCCAUAAUUGUAACUAUUUCAAAUUUAUUCAAGAGUUGAGAAAGUUGCUGACUCACUAGAUAAAUGGUCCAUUUACAAACCUGAAUGCAUUGCUCUUAUCAUUAAUUCUCUAGGUGGAUCUCUCAUUCAAACUUAAAAUCUAGCCAACCUCAUAAAAAAGUAUAGUCAAACUAAUAAAAUUCCAAUCUACUGUUUUGGAGAAGACAUAGUAAUCAAAAGCGCAUUAGGAUUAUUGACUAUUGGUGAUAAGGCUUAUGUGAAUCCCUAUGCUAUUGUUGGGAAUAUGGGAUAUGCACAGCCUUUUUUUGAUUUAAGAAAACUAGCCUCAAAUUGGCAUAUUUAUUAGAAACAUAUUGUAACAAAUGAGAACAUGAAACUUUUAAAUCCAUUGACUGAAUUAUCUGAAAAAAAUAAAGAAUGGGUAGAACAAUAAAUGAAGAACCAAGAAGCUGAAUUAAUCAAUAUGAUUGAAAUUAAUAGGAAAUUAGAUAAAUCGACAUUUGAAGAUAGAGUAAAAGAAGUUUAUCAUAAUGGAAUCGUUCAGCCAAAUGUAUUAUUAAAACACGGCAUAAUCGACGGUUAUAUAGGCUUUGAUACUAUGAGUUAAGGAAAGAAAGUCCGUAAAUUAAUGUGA